GCCUGGCCCUCCACCGCAACAAAACGGCUACAAUGAACAGCCGUAUGCGCCUCCGAUGAAUGCCGGAGAGAAGCAAAACUUCGACCAGGCCUUCAAGAUCCAAAAGCCAAAAUUCAAUGACUGGUGGGCGGGAUUGCUGUUCAUCGCUGUAUUCCUAGGUUUCGCAGCUGUUUCUGGCAUCGCAAUCCAAGGAUACGUGCAUACCUUUUCGUUCAAUGGCGGAGGUAUCUAUAAUAGUCGCAAUGACUUCGGACUGUCCACGAAUACCAUUGUGCUCUUCGCUUUUGUCCUGGCUGUCGCAAUCGUCUUCAGUUACGCCUAUAUGUGGGCUGCGCGAGCCUUUACCAAACAAUUCAUUUGGAUCACUGGUAUCCUGAAUAUUAUAUUCGGAUUCGCGACGGCAAUCUAUAUGUUGUCCCGCAAGUACUGGUCCGGUGGUAUUGUAUUCCUUCUAUUCUCGAUCUUCUACGUGAUCUGUUUCAUCUCCUGGAUCCCGCGCAUUCCGUUCUCGGUCCUGAUGCUGCAGACGAGCAUUGACGUUGCCAAGAAGUAUGGCCAUGUUUACGUCGUCUCCCUCAUUGGUGGUCUUCUGGCAGCGGCAUUCGGUGCCUGGUACUCGGUCACUCUGGUUGCGGUAUAUGUGAAAUACGAACCGGGGAAUAAUCCGGCAUGCAGCGAGGGCGCCGGUGGUUGCAGCAAAGGAAAGGUGAUUGGACUGAUAGUCUUCAUCACAUUCGCCAUGUACUGGAUAUCGGAAUGGUUGAAAAAUACCAUCCACACAACAAUUUCCGGAGUGUACGGAUCGUGGUACUUCUGCUCGAACAAUUUCCCCAAGGGAGCUACACGAGGCGCCUUGAAGCGAUCAUUGACCUACAGCUUUGGCAGUAUCAGCCUGGGCAGUCUCAUUGUGGCCAUCAUCAAUUUCCUGCGCCAGAUCUGCUCGGUCGCGCGACAGACGUCGUCUCAGGAAGGUAACAUUAUCGGGACGAUUGUAUUCUGCUGCCUGGAAUGCCUGAUUUCCUUGCUCAGCUGGGCGGUACAGUUCCUGAACCGCUAUGCCUUCUCGCACAUUGCGCUUUAUGGCAAGUCGUACAUACAGGCGGCAAAGGACACUUGGACCAUGAUCAAGGACCGCGGCAUCGAUGCCCUCGUCAACGAAUGCCUCAUCGGACCCGUCCUCUCGAUGGGCGCUACAUUCAUUGCGUACGCGUGCGCCCUUCUCGCAUACCUCUACCUCAUCUUCACGUCGCCCGCAUACAACCAGGACGGAGCGUACACACCCGUGGUCGUCGCAUUCGCGUUCCUCAUCGGGCUGCAGGUGUGCAACAUCUUCACGACGCCGCUGAGCUCGGGAAUAGACACCAUCUUCGUGGCGAUGGCGUGGGAUCCGCAGGUCAUGAUUCGGGACCAUCCGGAUCUGUAUCACCAGAUGGUGCAGGUGUAUCCGCAUGUGCAGCAGGCUAUACAUGCAUAAAGGACGAGGUAUGGAGUACUGUGUGAAUAAUUGUAAUGGACGGAGGAGAGGAGAGAAAAAUUGUGUCGAUACAAGGUACGAAGUGUAAAGGGAAGAGAAGGAGAGAAGGACGUUUCAUCGUAAUGAGAGAUUGGUUAGCGGGCGACUGAUUAUUAGUCCAGCGAUCUCAGAUGGAACCACGACGACUUUGGCAGCGCCAGAAAAUCCAAUUAUGCCUCCACAAAAAGGAAUAAGCUUCUAAGAAUAGUAAUAAUAAACUCAUGGUUAUUUUCUAAAACAUAAGAAAC